CCCUCCAUAGUUUUGACCAAUUUCAGUAGGGUAAAGGGGUAUUGGUAACACAGAAGAGAGGUUAUCCAUAAUAUUUUGAAUACUCAGAAGUUCUAGAAUGUUGCAAUUCAGAUGGUUGCGAUUGUUUGUUAGAAGAAACACAACCCCGAUUCCUGUGGACCGUGCACUUCUUUGGAAAAAGCGCCUGUCGAUAUUCUAUUUUAUUUGUACAUGGAAUGCAUUUGGCGGUGUAUUGUACAUGUGUUACACAGGCAAACGUGACUGGAUGAGAGCAGGUGGUUAUGCCCCUGACGUGGACGUACUUCCUGCAAGGAGCUGGGCGCACACUCUAGGAAUCCCGCAAGCAAGGGUAGUACAAAUGUCUGGGUUUCAAGUAAAAGGAUCAUACGAAAUAAAAGAGGGCGAAGAUAUGUAUACUGGAACACCCCUUGAAGGCACUCUUGGAAAGGAAGAGGCAGUGUCAAGUUGAAAUAAUUCACUUAACAAGUGA